AUGAUUUUGCUGCCUGAGGAUCGGAGUCGCUAUGAAUACAUCACAAGGUUAUCGGGGGAUGGAACUGACGACCACGUUGAGCAGAAUGGAGAGCUUUCGUCGGCCUCUACCGAAGACUACGGCAACAGGAAGGAGGAUGCAGUGCCAAACGAGUUGCGAAACGCCAACAGCACGUAUCCUGAAGCGUACUCAGGGGGUUUUGAGCGCAAACAACGUAACAAAGAGGCGGUGUCAACGCAAACAUCUGCGAACCAGCCACAUUCACCACGUGCGGCACCCGUUAAGAGCGUUAAUCUAGAUGAUAUGGUGGAGGAGGCGUUCAAGAACCAAAAGCCGGCCGACCAUAUCUGCAUAAUGCGUUAUACAGCGGGGUAUAGAGCUGAAUUCUUGAAGGAACUGUUAGGGCGCCUGGGCGAGCACAAACGCAAGACGAAGAAUGCUCCGCACGUGCUCUACGUGGACCGAUUCCCUCACAACCUUAAAGCCAUACGCGAGUCUCACAAACAGGAAAUGGAUGAUUUCGGCAAGGUUAACACCAUAUCGAAGCGGAAAAUCAGCAUCGCCCCCAACAACCUGUUCACCAUUGCGGAACUGGUGGAACUGUCACUGGUAUACCACGCCAUAAACACGUACGGCGAAGAACGCGCCGCGGAACUCUUGGAACAUCUGCGUAACAUGCGGCUGCACGAUAAGAUUGUCGAAUACGACUUAUGUGAGGAGGAAGCGUUCGCUGAUGAAGCAAGUGCCGGCACUCCGGAAAAUGAUGCAAAAGCAGUUACCGAAUUAUCUUUCAAGGGGGCCCCGGUUGAUGAGACAAAUCAGGAGGAGUUCGCUGCAGUGCUGCGAUCACUCAUCGAAUCGUUUUUCCUAUCGCAUGAUGAGGUGGCCAACCGAGAUUGGAAUUACGAUGGCGUAUUUGCGCCGCAGAAGGAAACAUUGAUCUCGGCACGAAGGCUGUUGCAGAGCACUUACCAUAGCGCCGCGCAGCUUGCCGACAGGUUGCAAAUCAACGAGCCGAGUAAACGAAUAGUGAUACUUGAUGGGUUUGCGCCACGAUAUUUCCCCACCGAAGCGACUCAUGGAACGGCGCUAUUCGAUUUGGUAAUGACCGCAAUGCGCAAGGAGUGUCAGAUAGCCGCAAUGUCGUAUCAGCUGUUCAACCCCCAAAAUGUGGCGCAAUGGAUGCGGAGGAACAUCGGACCCGCUGAUUUCGGUGUCGCGGCCCAAUUCCCAGAGUGCAGAGUUUUCAAAGACGACUGGCAUUUCAACCCGUUCGAGAAUGGGGCAACACCGACUUACGGUAUUGCGGAGGUUAAUUUCCUAAGAAAGGUGCUCGCGGAGAACCACCUGUGUCCCCGGACGCUGUUUCACAAACCCAUCAAAGACACCACCCCUUCAAACUGGCCUAUAAACAAGCAGUUUGAGGCUAUGCUGAAGGACAUUCUAAAGCAGGCGAUGUUGAUUAACGGCAUCGACACCAUGCAUAAGCUCAAGCACCACAGUCGGGGUACCUAUGACUACGUGAAGCAAUACCUUCCCGGCGGGAAGGGGCACAGGCCAGCUGAGAAGAUAGGGGAAAGUGGUGCAACGGUCUACGGCGCAUCAGACGAGGCUCCACAAUCAACGGAACAGCCAGAUGACACCGAGUCCAUGACGAUCGACGAUUUACUGGAUCAGGUCAUUGACUUGGGGAGACGGCACGGGGCAGUUAAGCUGAUGCAGAAGUUGAACCUCAACUCGGCCAUCCAAUCGAUGUCCAACCAGGUGGCUAAAUCGGUUAUCGACCGAGUUAUGAAGGACGGGAUUUAUCCCACUGUAAUCUUCGCGCGACACGCAGACGUAGAGGAGUACAAGCCUGUGUUGCUAGAAAAUUUCGAACCGAUCCAAGAGAUGGAGAACCUCGUUAAGGAGUACGCUCUUGAUUCGGGUGACGUGGAAUACCUAAAACGAGGCGUAGCAUGUUUAGGACGGAACGUACACCCCUUAACUGAGGAUUUUGUGAAGCGGCACCUCCACAUGUUCAAGGUGGUGGUGACGUUCCUAGGGUUGAGAGGCGCACGGCACUAUGUUUGCCAGUAUCCAAUGGACCAAAGGUUGAACAAUAUACAAACGUUGCGGUACCCCGCGCCGCUGCUGAGCACGGUUCUCGGCGCAGAGCGACUGUCGUUUUACGGCAUGCCGCCCAGCUCGACGCUGAAUGCCUUGUCCAGCUUGCUUUCGACCAUCCCGACUGACUACAGAUGGUUCGUUCCGCUGGCGGCGCUGAAGCACUCUAUGGCGCACCUACCAGAGGCCGUCAUGUCAAACCCCAAGCUUGCCAGCAGCUUUGAAAAGGGGACCUUCGCCAAAUUCAUGAUGGACUGCUCCGACGCCUACGUAGACAGGAACGACGGUGUGUUUAACGCGGCCUCGGAUGGCACCGAAAAGGUUAAUUGUUGCACUGAGUUAUACCGCAGGCGGGGCAACACAUCCUACACCAGUGCAUUGGCGAAAGUGCCGUCUCAUAAGUGGGAGGAAAACGUGUUGUACUACGGUAGUAAUGGUUAUCGUACAUCACGUAAAUACGCUAACCAAUCGGCGGAGAACCCAGAACAGCGGUAUCAUACGCAUGGCCAGCCACGCCAGCCCGCCAGCAGAACGAGAGCACAAACGCAAUCGCCGGCUUACACGGCUGACCAUGUGCUGCGAAACAGACGACCACAAAGUGUGCCAUCAAUGAGGAGCAUGCUGGAUCGGCAGGUGCACCUCAAAUCAUUCGAAGGCCGGCUGACAAAAUUAGGUGUCUACAUGCGACCAUUUUACACGCUGGACCAAAAGUGGAAACGGGUGGCCAAAUUCCGGUCGUACCUGCGCAACCACAUCAGAGGAAUGUUGAUGCACAAGGGCAAGGCCAUACACAUGCUGAAUACCGCGACCUCGCUACACGGCGCUGACGUACUCGGCAUGGACGACAAACACUACACCAUCAUGUGGGUAGGCACGCCCGCAAGAUGCACCGUACCCAACCACAGCCUUUCCGAGCGCGUGUGGCACGCUAUGCGCAAACUGUUUGAGGAGAACAGCCACCAUAUGUAUUUUGCAGUGCUGAAGGCGGAAAAUGGCGGAUACCUCUGCGUCCCCUCCAUGUUCAUAAAGGACAUAUGCGAGAUAUCUAACACUGUAGAACCCGUCAGAGGCGCCAUCCUUUUGUCAAGACCCGCGGAAAUAGCGUUGAGCCCGAAGGAAGGCGUCCCUCAGGACGCCAUGGUCGACAGGCUGCGGUACCUCGUUAUGACGGAUAAGGAGGGCAACGAAGCCGAGAUGCUCCCAUCGCGAAUGGAAGCCGCCAGCUUCCUUCCUAGCGCCACCUUGGAGCUGGUUAGAAUCGGCAUAGAGACGGUCGAGAGGUACAAGGCCGUGGAGGAGCGGCUGACGGAGGACGCGGUGAAGAAGAUGCUCGAGAGCCCGGAGUCCGGAAUCACGACCCGCGACAAGGCGCUGCACAUGCUCAGAACGACGCGAUCGAUAUACGCGAAUCGCGCACUGGGUGGUCUGGAACAACACCUGAGGCAGAGACAGGCGCAACAACGGACUUGGGGGCGUGUUCCGCGCAGCCCUGCAGACAUGCUGUACUACUGA